AUGAGUACCACAACGGAUACCAGUACGGUAAAGCUCCUAAGCCCCGAUAACUGGGAAUACUGGGAGACAGCCUUUAAGGCAAAGACAGUAAGUGCCAAUAUUUGGCAUAAGAUUUGCCCCGGAGGCGACAUUCCUAUCGAAAACCGUCAGAAUCAGUGGUUACUUAAACCCAUCAAACCUAUCCUGUCAAACUAUUCCAAACCAAGAAAUGCCCAGGAUAGACAAAACGACAUACAAACGGCAUCAGACUUGACCCAAGCCCAGCAAAGCAGCUUUACACUGGACUUUAAUAUAUAUAAAGAAAAUAUGAAGGAUUACGAUACUGAACGAACCUCCAUUGAGAAAAUGAAGUCCUGGAUCCAGUAA